AUGGUGUCCUCGACAUCGCCUAACUCGCGUCCUGCUGUUCCAGGCGAACCGCCAGAAGAGCCAGAGCCAGACAUGUUGGUCAGGCUACCCUCGAAUUCUGAACCUCCAACCAUUAUGACGGGAGAAUCCCGGGAUACUGGCGGCUUGAAUAAUACAGGCACCAUCCGAUCACGAUCCAAUGUUGCUGCUAACGGUACUUCAGGAGGAAGAACGGAUAGUGAACCCGUUUUCAAGGGUAAACCUCGACUGAUCAAACGCGAUCGACCCAAUUAUCAAAGCAGAAGUCGAGUGCAAGUUCGCAGCCAAGACUGGUCGGCUCAGUUGUGGAAAUUUAUAUCGCGUUUGUUGAGCUGCCAACGCCGUUCUGGUGUUCAUGUUUUAUUCUCCAAUCGAGCUAUUGUCGGAUACCGCAAGGAUGUUCGAACACCUUGCUUUCAGAUUCGAGUCUACGAAACGGGUACUCGUCAUCCUGUCGUACAGGCAAGCUGUACCAUGUACGUGGUGACACAGAAAUCUCCUGUGCCCAUGCCGUUGCGCAUUAUCGUGCCGGCCGAGGAUAUUGGAUCUCUGCUCUUCCUCAGUUUGCCCAGCGAGGUGGUGCAUGCCAUUGAUGCCGAUAGUGCUCUGACACCAGACCCGAGAGUUGUCCCUGCCAUGGACAAACCACAAGGGCCAGUCAAUACCAAAAGUACCUUGGAGGAAGAAGAAGACAUGUAUUGUCCUGUAUGUGGAGAACCAUUCGAGACAAUCAACAACAUGAUUCAGCAUGGCAAAUACCAAGACAUGGUAGAAUCACAUGAAGAUUUCCCGUAUGUUGGCAGCCACCAAGAGGUUGAUUGGGACGAAUGGGAGAAAACCAUGACCGAAUCUCGCUCUUGGAGUCUUCCUCAAUUGAAGCAGUACUUUGAAGCCAACAUUUCAGAAGUUAUCUGCAUCGUUGAAGGUAUUGAUCCAGUAACGAGAGGUACCUUCCAUGCCGUGCAGUCUUAUCAGCUGGAAGAUAUUUAUUUUGGAGAGGGGUUGUUUGCCGAUUGUGUAUACGUCACGGGGCCACAAAACAGAGAUCUGGCUGUUGACAUGAGCUGCUUCCAUCAUAUUGAUGAAUUGUCCGAACGGGAUCAAGAAGUUGUCUUUGAAAAGUUUAGUAACGAUGGUGACGACAAUGAUCCAGGGCCGCCUACAAAAAAGCUCUUUACAGGGCACUCCGAUCGUGGUAGCGUUGGACCCAGUAAGCAAGAAAGUGGAAUACUAGCGCAGCGAGCGACAGUGUCCCGCCCCAUUCUCGUCGAUGAACCGACUGACCGCGCAGUGGAGGUCGUGCAAGCAGAGCCUACCAAUCCCGAGGAAGCACCUUCACAGGCAGCUCCAAUACAAUCAGAAGAUUCUCCCGAUGCCGCCAAACCCGAGGAAGCACAAUCGCAAGCAGCUGAAUUGCAAACUGGUGAUUCUCCCGAGGAAGAAGCAGCUCAAUCGCAAACAGCUGAUUCACCCGAGGCCGCCAAACACGAGGAAGCACCUUCCCAAGCAGCUCAAUCCCAAACAGGUGACUCUCCCGAGGCCCCAGACAAGGAAUCAAGUUCCCAGACAGAACCCUCACUAGCACCUACUACCCCGGAGCCGACAAGCGAGGAAAGAUCUUCCCAGACCGAUCCCAGUCAGCUUCCCCCAGAGCCUGUAGAUGAAGAGGACAGCGGCCCUCAGCCAUGGUGGAAGCAACCGCUGGUGGAUGGAUGGGUCAGCUAUUCGGGGCGUUUCACUGCUCCGUUGACAGCCGUGCUGGAGGAACCAGUCAAGGAGACAACCGAGGUGCCUACAGCCACUCCCGAUCCACCUGCUGUUGAGACAACCACUACACAAGCCCCUGCUUCGGAGGCAAGCAGCAUUGAUCCAGGGUCUGAGACACCUGAAUUGGAGACAGCAGUUACCGAUUCCGCUACUCAAACCAAUACAUCCUCCAUCCAAAGACUGGUCGUCAAAGAUGUUGCCACGCAAACUAUGUUUCAGAAAGAAGCUUCGACGCAAACUACAUUCAGCGAACCAAAAAUUAUCUUCUCGUCGACGAGUAGCGAAGACCAUAUUGCUCUUCCAACUAUAUCACAACCGGUCAUCACCACCAAAUCGACGCCAACAACGACAACAUCAAGGAAAGCCACGCAGGCCAAGAAGAAAUCUACACUGCCCACACCGAGGCCCCAGGGGCGGGUGUUUCCAAGGAGUUCAUCAGUCCCAAUCAUUGAUUCAUCCGGCCUACCAAGCAAGAGUUCUACAGCAGCUAUAACUCCUGCGGAGAAAAAACUGCAGCUUCGGGUUGCGCGCCAAUUGAAACAAGGCGAAGCACCAACGAGUGGAAAACAAGCACCUCCUCCGUUGUUAACAUUGGAGGCUGACGUUGCAAAGCAGCUCUCGCGAAAAUCCAGGAGGAGAGCGUCGGCCCCCGUCGUUGUUGUUAAGGACGGGUCAUCAGGACCCGCUCGCCGAAGUUCAGCACCGAUACAGCUGACUCCACCACGGCAGGGCCGACAAUCUGCGUUCAGGCCCAUAUCGCAGGAUGAGGAGCCCAGACCUGCGUCCCCACCACCUCCACCGCGCCUGAAGAAAGUGAGGAGGGACAAAGAACACCCCGACUGGAAAAUACACGAAAGUCACGAUCGCAAAACAUGUCAUCUGUCGAGCCGUUGA